GCGGGGCUACAUAAGGCGAAUAAUGGCACAGAUAUAAGGAUGAGUCCUCUAUCUAGCUCUAUGCUCCCAAAUGAUAGGAUUAUGGUUUAACUUGCGAAUUAGUUUUCUUUUAGGUUGUUUCUUUUAUUUUCGUUCAAUUUGGGGUUUUGGACAGAUUAUUCGAUGGAGAACGUUGGCUUGUCAUGAAACUCUAGACUCAGUAUGACAGGUGGCUCAUUCAUCCCCCCUCCUCUCCCAUGCAGAACCUAUUCCCCAGGUCGUUGCUGUAAAUAUGUGUUUUCUGUCGACUUACUUGGUGAAGAGUGAUUCCAAAAGAACGUUGAAAUCGAGGGUAUCCCCAACUGUGAUGCAGCCUAACUCCAGUGAGCUGGGUGUCCAUCAGGCAGGACAUGGUUUGUCUCUGACGCUACUGACCAGGACACCAGCAGGGACUUCAGGGGGCUCUGCUGUCCCGGAGACUAGUGGAGCGGUCCGGGUACCUAUCCUCUCCAGUGGGUCCUGGGAGUCAUGUAGAGGAGGGGCGUCAUCCCGUAGGUCCAGAGCCAGUUCCAGAACCAGUUCCCACAGCCACUCUCAUUCACAUGGUGGGGGACACCAGCACUCCCACAGUGAGCCCAGUGAGGUGGACCCGGAUGAAGCUGAUCUGGAGUCAGGGGAGCCCAGCACCUCAUUCUUGGAGCUCCGCUACCUCUUCCGCUGGGUUCAGAAGAGUCUUCCUUUCAUCAUCAUCCUUUGUGCUAAACUGGUCAUCCAACAUGCCCUAGGUCUAGCUGUUGGAGUUGGCUUAUUUACAACUUUUCUUUAUGUGAAUAAGAACAUUCAAACCCAAGUCUUUCUUCAGGAUCGUCGGUCAAAGAUAGAGUGCGUCUGGCUGCUCCUCUUCCUGUUGUCCUCCACACUCCUGCUGUACUACACUUUUCUCACUGAGACACUUUACUAUUGCCUCAUCUUCCUAAACCCAGCUGUUGAGCCCCUAGGUUUCUGGGAGGUCCUAUGGGUGGUGGGAAUCACCAACUUCACACUCAAGUUCCUCAUCAUGGGGUUUAAGUGCCUUAUCCUACUGCUGCCCUCUAACCUGGUGACCUACAGAGCCCAGGGACGGUGGUACAUGCUGACUGAAGAGGUGGGCCAGGUGUACCAGGCUGUGGCUCCCAGCCCCCUAUGGUUCCGCUACCUGGUCACCUACCAGAAAGUGGAUGGAAAUACUGGCCUCACCCUGGGAGUUCUGCUGGCUUUGGUCUACUUCAUACUCAAGCUUUUAGGAUUGUAUGGACAGUGGGGGUCUUUCCAGAGAACUGUGAGGAUAUUUCUCAGUGGCGAGCACACGGGGGCAGCAGCCACCAGGAGCCAGUGCAGUGAGGCUGGGGACAUCUGUCCUAUCUGUCAGGCAGAGUACAGAGACCCAAGGGCCCUCCUGUGUCAGCACAUUUUUUGUGACGAGUGCAUUGCUCUCUGGUUCAACCGGGAGAAGAUGUGUCCACUCUGCUGCACGGCCAUCACAGACAAGGUCCACAAGUGGAGGGACGGGGCCACGUCACCUUACCUCCAAAUCUACUGAGAGAAGGAGACAAUGGAGGAAAGAAGUGGAGACUCUUAGACACUGUUUGCGAUGUGUGAAUGACAGUUGUAUUAACAGCAAUACUCCACUCAUCAUUGGCUUGUGAAGCUGAUGACCACACUGUUCCUCCAUUCAUUAAGGGCUGUGCCUACUACUGGCCAACGUCAGUAAGGGCGCAUAAUAUUUGCAAUAGGAUUAGGAUGCAUUCAGCACCUUGGCAUGUUACUGUUACUGCUGCAACUGUAACUCCUUCUCCGACUGUCACUUUUCUACACGACUGACUGACGGUAGUUCUCUCUCUGCAUGCCCUCUAGUGCUGUUUUUAGUUCCUUUUCUUUUCAAAUGUUUAGAUUUUAUCAUGAUGUGGAAAUAUUCAUGUUUUUUUGUUUUCACAGCCAGCCUAAAAAAACAGACCAGACAGCCUCUUUAUUAGGCCAGUUGUCAGGGAAUAGCCCGUUACCACAUCUGUGUUUGCCAUUGACCAUAGGAGUUGGCAAGACAGCACAAACUGACAGCGUGUUGCAAAGGGGAUGCCAUUCUGUGUCUGAUACAGGCACUCAGACUAGUAGUGGUUAAAGAACAAAAUGUACUCAACACAUUGGGAAACAAUAACAAACACCAAGGUUGCUAUUUAAGAAGUUCUUCAUUUUGGGGAUUUAUUAUUUUCAAAUGAAGUCAGAUUUUUUACAUGUGUUUUCCAGAUGACAAAUGAGAUUUGGUUCGAUCCUUAAAAUAUUUUUCUAAAACAAUGACGGUUACAUCCUUUUUGAAAACCAAAGACUGGGAGAAUCCAUUUAUUUUAUCAUAUUUAACUAUGUAGUGAUUUUUUCCCUUUUUUUCUUAAAGUUGUUCAAUCAACAAAUGAAAUGAAAUAUAUAAUUCAUUUUCUUUUCAAUUAUAGCCUAGAUGCAAAUUGGCUCUGGGCGUUUACAUUUACUCUAAUACACACAAUGUUUAAGCUUGUUAUGAACCAACUUUGUCUUUCAGUUAUUUACAAUCCAUUCAUCAUUAAAAUGAAGUGUGCAGAGGUCUGAGGGACACACAGAAAAGCAUCAAUCUAGCCUGUCCCUGUUCACAUACUGUUCUCAGGAGGAAUUCACAGUAACAUGAAACAUAUGUACCAUAUUAUCUAAUGUUCCAUUAGGCCUGCCAUAGAAGUGAACUGAAGGCACAUAAACACAACCUGGUGUUGGUCUCAUGUUUCAUGAGCUGAAAUAAAAGAUCCCAGAAAUGUUCCAAACACACAAAAAGCUUGUUUCUCUCAAAUUAUGUGCACAAAUUUGUUAACAUCCUUGUUAGUGAGCAUUUCUCCUUUACCAAAAUAAUCCAUCCACCUGACAGGUGUCAUAUCAACAUGCAGAUGAAACAGAAUGUUCAUGACACAGAUGCACCCUGUGCUGGGGACAAUAAAAUGUGCUGUUUUGUCACAA